CGACCGACCCUGUUCUUGUAACCUUCGGGUGCAGCUUACACCGUCACAUCACCUGGCAUAUCACCGCUUGCCUCUCCUCCAAGCCAGACUCCUGCUUCCCCCGCCGUCACCGCUGUGUGUCUGUCGUCAUCAUGGCCGAUCGCUACAUCCCCGAACACCGUCGCACGACGUUCAAGGCGAAGAACACCUUCAAGCCUGACGAGCUCCGCCGCCGCCGCGAGGAACAACAGGUCGAGAUCCGCAAGGCUAAGAGGGAAGAGAACCUUGCGAAGCGCCGUGGCAUCGCCCGCGACGGUGGCGCACCGGGUGCUGCUCUGGGCGCCGCCCCAGACAGCGACGAUGAGGGUGGAAACAUUGAGAGCCAGCUCAACGAGGAGCUUCCUCAGAUGGUCAAGGGCGUCUUUUCCGAGCAAAUUGACGAGCAGAUCCAAGCAACCACCAAGUUCCGGAAGCUCUUGUCCAAAGAACGCAACCCUCCCAUUGAGCGUGUCAUCGAGACCGGUGUCGUUAGCAGAUUCGUCGAGUUCCUCCGUUCCCCCCACACCCUUGUCCAGUUCGAGGCUGCUUGGGCUCUUACCAACAUCGCCUCCGGUUCUGCCCAGCAGACCCAGGUCGUCAUUGAGGCUGGUGCCGUCCCUAUCUUCGUUGAGCUUCUCAGCAGCCACGAGCCUGAUGUGAGGGAGCAGGCCGUUUGGGCUCUGGGUAACAUUGCCGGUGACAGCCCGACAUGCCGUGACUUUGUUCUCCAGGCCGGCGCUCUGCGGCCUCUUCUCAACCUGCUCGGCGACAGCCGCAAGUUGAGCAUGCUCCGUAAUGCCACUUGGACUCUGAGCAACUUCUGCCGUGGCAAGACUCCCCAGCCUGACUGGCAAACUAUCGCUCCUGCGCUCCCUGUUCUCGCGAAGCUUGUCUACUCGCUUGACGACGAGGUCCUCAUUGACGCUUGCUGGGCCAUCUCCUACCUUUCCGACGGAUCCAAUGACAAGAUCCAGGCUGUCAUUGAGGCUGGCAUCCCCCGCCGCCUGGUAGAGCUUUUGAUGCACGCCUCGACCUCCGUCCAGACCCCUGCUCUGCGUUCGGUUGGCAACAUUGUUACCGGUGAUGACGUUCAGACCCAGGUCAUCAUCAACUGUGGAGCGCUGCCAGCUCUGCUUUCCCUGUUGAGCUCCACGAAGGAUGGCAUCCGCAAAGAAGCAUGCUGGACCAUCUCCAACAUCACCGCUGGCAACUCUACCCAGAUCCAGGCGGUCAUUGACGCCAACAUUAUUCCUCCUCUCAUCCACUUGCUGUCUAACGGCGACUUCAAGACCCGCAAGGAAGCUUGCUGGGCCAUUUCCAACGCCACCUCUGGUGGUCUCCAGAAGCCCGACCAGAUCCGCUACCUGGUUCACAACAGCUGCAUUCGUCCCCUCUGCGAUCUCCUGGCCUGCCCCGACAACAAAAUCAUCCAGGUUGCUCUUGACGGUCUUGAGAACAUUCUGAAGGUCGGUGAGAUGGACAAGCAGUCCAACGAGGCCACUGGCGAGCCCAUCAACCGCUACGCCCUGUUCAUCGAGGAGGUCGGCGGCAUGGAGAAGAUUCACGAUUGCCAGAACAACGCCAACGAGGAGAUUUACAUGAAGGCCUACAACAUCAUCGAGAAGUACUUCUCGGACGAGGACGAGGCUGCUGGCGACAUGAACGACCUUGCUCCUCAGCAGGGCCAGGACGGCACCUUCGGGUUCGGCGCCCAGCCGCAGCAGCAGAACUUCAACUUCGCCAACGGCGGAGAGUCGAUGGACAUGUAAGGUGGCUGUCGCGAUCAGUCCGGCGCAGUCGCCUCGGCCGGCCCGGACUCCAGCAGAUACCCCGCGGCCGGCGCCCCGCUUCACCCUGCUGCGACCGACGGUCCAGCUUACUGUCGCUGCCAUGUCUAAGGACAAAGUCGGGCCAAUGCUGCGCUUGGCAAAACCCCCCAAGCGCGCGUGCGCCGAUUCUGGAUAAUCACAAGGACUUCCAUUGCUUUCCCCAGCAAAAUACGACGGCUAUUAUCCCUUUGUCACGCGAUGACAACCUGCCCCCCCCCGCACCUCCCUCACCCACGCGAGUCGUCCCCCUUCGUCAUGACCGACCAUGAGCACCCCAAGAUGCACCAUCAUGUACUCUUCCCGCACACGUCUUCCAGUCACCGGCAUCAUAUCC